UCGUCGUCCGGUUAUAGAUAUACACAUUUAUACGUAUUUUUGAAACUCUCAGACCAAUAGAUAAACACGCGCGUAGCACUGCAGCUCUAUGUUCGGUUUAAAAUGUGUAUUAAAUGGGUAUAAUUACUUAUUCGUCAAGUUGAGGUUUUACAUCAACUAUGUGUAUGCUUGUAUUUUUCUCAUGGUAUUCAGUGGCCGUGCACAACGGAAGGCGAUUAUAAUACAUAAACUGCUGUUUUUGAGUUUUUUCAAAGCAUUCUGAGACAUAUUUACGACUCGUGUGCCCCAAAAAGUGCGUCUAUGUUUAUUUGUGUCUGUGCUUUUUUUAAUAAAAAAUUACGCUUCGAAAAAUCUUCGUUUUAUUUUCGCACGCACGCACUCACACGUACAUCCACAUGGAUGCUGAAUGAAGAAUUUACACGUACAUAAAUAAACAGGGUGUCUGCAAGUGUAGUGCAGCAGUGGUGAGACUCAAUGAAUGAGAAACCCAGUGACCUGUGUGCGAAUGCGAAGUAGCGAGUGAGAACGAGAAAGAGAGCAGAAGAAAAAGGAAAAAGAAAGAGAAGAAGAAAAAUACACCGAGUGUACCGCCCUUUUUCCUUCCUUCUUGCUUCUCGCGAUCUCCCUCAGUCAUAAAAGUACAAAAGAAAAAUCAAACUUGGUGUGGAGCUACGGGCAAGUAGGCCAUUGUGGCCACCACCACCGGUACGACGUGUAUUAAGCUAUAUAUUAAAAUGCCAUGUAGCUAACCGCCAGAGCAAUAAUCGGCACUUUGUGCGCAGUCGUUAAGUAACGAAAGAGCAACUUCUUACGACUGAGACGUAAAGAGGCAGGAGAGCAGUGGUAGAAAGUAGUUGGGCCAGUGAACUUCGAUACACAUACAAGUUUGGAAGCACUUUACGGGAAGAGAGAGAGAGAAAGAGUGUGAGCCCCGAGAGUUCGGUUCAAAUGAAGUGUGUACGAGAAAAUUGAAAACGCACAGAAUCGUCGAUAAAGAAAGGCAAAGAAAGAAGUGCGCGGGGCGGCGGGCACGCAGGUGUGUAAUGUAUCGUGAGAAGCAUAAAGUACCGGGUCGCUACCGUUGCCGCAGUAGCUGCAUCGCCGCCAACUGCAUUUCUUUGAACUGUGCACCGACCUUAUACAGUGAUUGCAGUUCGAGUUUUAUUUUUCAAUCCAUAAUCUUAGUGCUAUUGUAGAUACAUAGUUCGUCGUUGUCUAGGUGGCAUAUUUACAUAUAUAUAUUCACGUUACGGGGGCGUAUCCAUGUGCAAAGUAUCAUAUUAUUAUUAGUUAUAUGUGUGUGCGUAUAAUCAUAACAGCUGUUAAACGCGAUAUUGUUAUUUAAGCCGAGAGAAAAGCAGAAGAUCCGCGGCAGCGAGCAGGGAUUGUUUUGACAAGUUUCAUCUCUCUAUAUAUAUAUUUCAGUGUGUAUAAGUACCAGUGUGAGUGAGUGAGAAAGAGAAACAAUGCUGCUCAUCGUCCAAUUGUUCGUCGCACUGCUGGCAGUACUCGAUAACAGCUCGGCUGCCCAAGGCACGCUGGAGCAAAAUCAUAGGGUGUUGAUCGACGGAAAAAGUGGUAGUGGCGCCGUAGCGUCAGCCUUGACGAGUGCAAAAAUUGGAGGCGGCGGUCGGCCACAAUUCGACACGAACGUCGCACGCAACGUUACAAUCGCUGUCGGUCAAACGGCUUUUUUACACUGCAGAGUAUCGGAGCUUGGCGAUAAAGAGGUCUCGUGGAUGCGCAAACGGGACAUGCACAUACUGAGCGUUGGCAUACUCAUGUAUACCUCUGACCUGAGGUUCCAGGUCAUACACCCGGAAAAAUCCGACAACUGGACGCUACAAAUCAAGUCACCACAGAAGCGAGAUUCCGGAAUUUACGAGUGUCAAGUAAGCACCGAGCCCAAGAUGUAUCUCAAUUACAGCCUCAACGUCAUCGAGGCCCGAGCGAGAAUAACGGGGGCGGCGGACAUCAUCGUGAAGACCGGCAGUUCGCUGACCCUCACCUGCGUCAUGUCACAGGGACCACACAAUCUCGGCACCGUCAACUGGUAUCGCGGCGACAGUCCGGUCACGACCUCGAUACUGCCCGACAACGACAUCGAGACCGAGCCGCGCAUCAUGGUUGAAACCGAGUGGAGCGACGCACUCACGUCGAGAUUAAAAAUAAAUCGAAUAAGAUCGUCAGAUAGCGGGAACUACAGUUGCGUACCGACGGCUGCGAAGAGGGCCAGUGUCAACGUUCACGUUAUCAAUGGCGAGCAUCCAGCGGCGAUGCAGCACGGCAACACGGCGGCGGGCUGGCCGACUUCGCGGACGAUCCUGCUGAGCCUAGCCUUCUUCCUCGGUCAGCUGAGAUAAUGUGCGGUCGAUCUGCCGGUCCCUGGACUGCGUUAAAACGGACAAAAUUGACAUUGCAUACGCACCCACACAGACAGAUAUAGCGCAAGUACGGGCGAUGAAAGAGGAGCAGCGUUUCAACGCCGAAGAAGAAGAAUAGAAGAGGAGCUGCGACGAGGCGUACAGGCACUCGUCGUAUAAUUUGAUACGGCUCAUGCGCGGGACUAUAUGACUCUGCAGCGAUUCUCAAUCAUGCAUGCACACACGUGCUUCGCGCGUCGCUGAUACACAUCGGUCUAUACAGGUUGGUACGUAUACGGGGCGCGACGAAACGCGUGUGCAUAUUAUCUAAAAGUGCGUGGGUGCGAGGAUACAAGUGCCGCAGACGCGAAUGCAAGCACGUUCCCUCUCGAGCUCGUGAGUCGCGCGCGCGAUCAAGUUAUGCGAGCGAAAGAUAACGCGAGCGAGCGAGCGAGCGCCGCGAGGCUGUAUAAUAGUCCUACGUAUAUAUAACAUAAAUGUAUACAAUAAAAAAAGAUGAAGAGUACGAAGGGAGGGGAAAAACGACCAUACUAUACGUUUAUACGCAGUGAAUUUUUGCACGCUAUAUUAUACACCCACACACACAUACAUACACAUACACACACAUACGCGCAUGCAGAAGCAGGUGCAUAUAAGAGAGGCAGAUAAGGCGUUUGUAUACCGAGAAAGAUUUUACCAAACAUAAUAGGCACCGAAGAAUGGGGAAGCUCAUUAAAGACGCAGACAUCGCACGCAUGCAUUCACGUCGCACUCAAAAAUAUAUAUAUAAAGCGAGUCGAGGGUGAGCUGGAGAGGCAUGGAAAAAAGGCCAGCCGCGCAUAGAAAGGCGUAAACGGAUUAGAGCUUUUCGUAUACACUGCAGCGAGCGCGUGAGGGCGAAAGAUAAAUAAAUUUUGUGUACAGAAGCUUGCAAGCCCUUUGAGCAAAUUGCAUCUAUGCACCGUUGCUGAAGCUCUGCAAGCAAAUAUCCAAUUCAUAUCUUCAUUCGAUUUUCUUUUCCUUUCUCUCUCUCUCUCUCUCACUGCGUACGCAGUAUAUAUACUGUAAUUAUAGUGGCACAACUUCCAAAUCGAGAGUAAGAAGGAUGAAAAGCACGAAAAAUCGUUCAUCCAUUUAUAGCGCAUGGCUCGACUCUUGACGAUUCAACAGCAGAAGCAGUAAGCCACGGGACGAAGACGAGUUUAUCUAUACCUGUAUAUGCAGAAAAAAAAUAAAGAGAAAGAAAGGUACAUAGGAAGAGAGAAUGAGUGGCUUUAAAUCGAAAAAAAACGGCUGCAGUUGCAAAGAAUCGAACAAAACGUGACUUUUGAUGGACACUUUUUGCCUCUCAUUCUGUCUCUCUUCUCUCUUCGGAAAGCUUUUUUCAACUUCUCUUUCGCUCACACGUAAGCAAGGCAAAAGCCAUACAUGCACUACUUUCAGUUACCUUCCUCCAACGUACGAAGCUUCUCUCUCUCUCUCUUGAGAUUUUUUUUCUUCCUUCCUUCCUUCUUUCUUCUGGUCAGUGUGCCCCCUUUUUCACGAUUUUACGCUCGAACGGCGAGAAAAGAAAAUAAUCGCAAAGAAACUGGAGUGCGAGUGACGGUGUGCAUGUGUGUCGUCUACGCUUGUGUCGGUGUACACGUGUACCUAUGCGUCUGUACGCAAUUGCGACAAAGAUUACGUAAUUAGACGCGUGCAAAGCGUUCAUUAUACAUGAUCAUACAUACGCCAGAGGUGCUCUCGAUGUUGAUAUUACAUAUAUACACACACAUAGCAACACAAACACGCAACAAUUUACAACACGUAUAGCUGUAUGUUGAUUGUUCGAUAGGGAAAAUUUGUGUAAAUAAAAGCAUGUGCGUCUGUAUGGGAUUGCAUUACUUGCAUAUAAUAUAUCUCCAAUGUACCGAGCGCGCCGCUGAUAAAUAAACGAAACUCAAAAACAUCGUCAUCGAUAUAUUUGCGCUCGCACUAGCUCGUUUCAAAUGUGCAACGCAUCAUUAACGACGAGAGAGUACGGCAGUUACUAAAACGAAUUUCUAUACAUACAACUCGAUGAUCGAAUGAUCGAAUCGGUGGCAAAACCUUACCAGUACAAGGGGUAUAUUUACUACGAUGAUUAAUUAUAGAGAUAUGAUGUGUAAGGGAGCGAGUGUACUGAAUACAAAGAGCGAUUGUUUGUUCGAUUUUAAUGAUGUUGGAUGCCGAGAUGCGUGUAAUAUUUGCUCGACUGCCGGUACGUGUAUAAAUGCGCUAAACAAAUUAUAUAAAUGAUAUAAAUAGGUAAAAAAAAUUACUUUUACGAGACGACGACGAGAGGCGGGUAAAGAAAUAGAAAACAAAAUUAUAACGGCAUCGUGGACUCGAGCGAAAAGCCACAGUUAUUAUACAAAUUAUGCAUAGAGAUGACACACGUUAUAAAUAAUAGAGAUUAUAUUAUAGAUCAUAAGUAGGAUGUGAAUCGGAAUGUAAUGAGAUCUGAGAUGCGAAUCUGCUCGUGAUUAAUGUAAUCGUGAAAAUGGUGCUCUAUAUGUGACAUGUAAUAUUUUCGUUAUUUUUUCAUUUGCGUUUGAACGACAAAAAAAUAUGAUUGUAUAGUGUCUUAAGAAACAAUCCAAAGGAAUUGUGUACCCUUCUCGUCCCCAAAGUCCCACAAGAAAGAAAAAAAGUUUCAUUCCCACCCCCUUCCACCUACUCCUGCAAAAAACGAUUCUCGAUCUAUAAGAAAAUGAAAAACGAAAUUAAAAGAAAACAAAAAUGGCGUGUUUUCUAAAAACAUGACUUUCCUCGAUGCUAUCUUGUACAUAAUGAUAUUUUACUCUUGUAAA